ACUCUCUAGGUCAUGAUGCAUAUAUUUUUUUCUCAUACUAUAUUUGUUUCCCUACUUGUGUUUUCAGCGUAUGUACCUUUUAGUAUCAAGUAAAGAUCAGAGAGAGAGAGAGAGAGAGAGUAUCAUGGGGGACUCAUCUGCCUCAUAUAUACAUAUGGUGCAACACCUGAUAGAGAAGUGUCUGAUCUUCCACAUGACAAAAGAGGAGUGCAUGGAAGCCCUUUCUAAACAUGCAAGUAUUGAACCAGUCAUCACUUCCACUGUGUGGAACGAGCUGGAAAAAGAGAACAAGGAAUUUUUCGAGGCAUACUCCCAAUCUCAGGGCAAAGAAAACCGGAUGUCAGAGGCCGAGACAAGUGAAAUGAUUCAGAGGAUGAUAUCUGAUUCCUCGAAGGAUACCUCAGACGACUAAGAUAUACAUAUGCGUAUCUAUAGAAAAAGUAAGCAUAUAUUUGGGUUCUUGCUGGCAUGCAGUUGGUUACCCUAGCAUCCUUCCCAUCCAGCCAAACUCAACAGGGCUCUAUAUAUUCAUAUGUACAAACCUAGUACUGUGUGGUCCCUAAGAUGAAUCUAACGAUGGGGUACUCUGUGGUCCUCAAAUGUUGACUCAUGCAGUUAUAGCUCAAGAGCAUGUGCAUAACCACAGGAUGUGGUGUGUUGACAUAGGAGAACUGUUGGAAUUGCAGAAGAUGAUACCUUAGAGACAGAGCCAAAAUUGUGGGAAGUUUUGGCUCUUUUGCUGUCUGUUGUGCCGGAGAGAGGAUCCCAUGUGAUGUAAGUGUCUUUGUUACUAUUAAUAAAUGAAGCAUGAAAAGUGGGGACUAAAA